GGGAGAAUGGGGAGGGGGGGAAGUGGGAGGUGGGAGGAACGAUGGAUGCACUGUGCAGUACACAUGGCGGGUGGCUCAUAUGGUAUGGCUGUGGGAUGGGACGGGCGGACGGGACGGUACGGUACGGGAGGGAGGGACGGGAGUCUGGGACGGUGGUGCAUGAAUGGUGGUUCACUUCACUUCCCCUUGCUUUCAAGAAUGGUGCACACGACGCGACGCGACAUCGGCGUCACUCGCCGUCACCAGUUGCGACCUCCGUCGCCGACGAACGAGACGAGACGUGCGCCUACCCCGAGUCUGACUUUACGAUGCCGCAAACUGUGGCAGAAAGAAACUCGUCUUUUUUGCGCUCCGUCUGCUAACGUCUUUUCAGGCUGGCAGCUUCGACGAGCUCCGUCAGUUAGGCCGUAUCGCUCUCCGCAUUCUCGCGGAAUCUCGCUUGAGUGUGCCCAUUUCAAGUAUAAGGAGAUUAACCUUAUUUUUGGAGAGUCCGCGGGAUUGAAGUCUUUCUGGCAACGAGCGCAGCACUAGUAGUAGGAUCGAUCGUAUCGCACAGUCGCACUGAUCGGCAGUAGUGCACAGAGAUGGUCGCUGACUCGUUUCAUGAGUCUACGAGCGCGCAACCGUCGAUAGACUCUUCGACAUAGAUUAGUCUCGGGUUCGCCGUGGCUCCUUUUCCUAGGUUCAGUCGCAGCUUCGUCGCAACGUCGUCGCAGCUUCGUAGCUGCUUCGUUGCUGCUUAGUCGCAGCUCCUCGCAGCGUCUUUAACUUCGCUCCGCGUCGCGCUGCCGCCUUGCUGCCAGUUCACUACUAAGUACAGAAAGUCGCUGCCGCUUCAACUCAUCCCCUGUCCUUCCAGCUCGUUGAAUUCGAGUCUGCGCUUCUUGCCGCCGCCGCCGCCGCCGCCGCUGCCGCCGCCGUGAUUUGAGUUAAAUUCACGUCACGCUUCCGGGCCGGCUUGCCGUCUGUAAUCCUCGCUCCCCAAUGGCUCGCGGCGCAUCAUCUCGCGCCUCGAUCACGGUGCAUUAUGCUAUCCCCGUGCUCCUCGCCGUCGCCCUGCUCCGCAUCCCCGCGUCGCUGCCCGCCACCACCGCCGCACCAGUGGUGCAGAGCGGUACCCCCGACUCCUUCUACCGCUACCACUACCACGUACGCCGCCUGCCGCCUUGGCUGCGCAACCACAUGGCGCGCGGACAAAGGCAGGGGGGAGGGGAAGGGGCGGGCGGAGCAGGCGGCGAGGGGAGCACUGCGGUGGCGACAGCAACCAGCGUGGAUAGCGGCGGAGCAGAGACCGCCCUAAGCAGCAGCAGCACCAGCAGCAGCAGCAGCAGCAGCAGCAGCAGCAGCAGCAGCAGCAGUACUAGAGGCAGCAUAGGCGGCGGCGGCAGUAGACCAGCAGGCAGUAGCGCGUAUGCCAGAGCCAAAGCAGCCAUCGCAGCAGCUAAGAAGACCAAAAGCAGCGUGUGGGGGAAGAGGAAGGCUGGGGGAAGGAAGGGCCGGAGAGCCCCGUGGGUGGACGUGUCGUGGGCCAAUCACAGGCCGCUAGCGCAGGUGUACGAACCCGAUUGGCCGGCUAGCAGCGGGGUAGCGACGGUGGCGAUGACUGGAGACGGGGGAAGGGGCGGGGGGAGUGGCGCGUGGCCGUUGAUUGGGCCGCUCAUUAGCCCGCAGGCAAAUAAGCAACCCCCCAGCGAUCUCCCCUGCACGCCGCACGCCUCGGCCCCAGUCAUCCACGUCGACUCCGAGUCCGACUUCGCCCAGCGCCUCCAGUACCCGCCCUCCACCACGGUCAUCCUGGAGCUCCACAAGCACCUGCUGCUGAGAGCCGGGCUGCUCUUCAACGCCUCCUUCGCCUGCACCAUCCUGCGGUCCGCCCCGCCGCCAGGGGCGCCCGCCAGGGGCUUCCGCAUCACGCUCAUGCGCACGGAUGUGCCCGUGCUGCGGAUCGUGAACACCAGUAAUGUGCUCGUGCACCGCGUGAGCUUCUUCCAGCCGUUUGCGGAGGACUCGGCUGCUUGUCAGGGGAUUGCGUACGUGGGGACAGACGUCAUCUGCCCCGCUAUAAGCAUCUAUCAGGCGUGCCACGUGCAGGUGACCAGGGGCACGGUGUACGGGCGCAUCGACGUGAUGUGGUCUGUGGCGUCGCGGAUCGACGGCAUGACGGUGACGGGCGUGGGGGACUUCAAGCGCAGCCAGGGGCUCAUCCGCGUGGCGUUCUGCGGCCACGGGCCCACGCUGCAGAAGAGCUAUGUGGUGAUCAGCAACAACGAGGUGUAUGGCGGCCGCUUCCCAAUUGUGCUGUAUUUCGGCGCAGUGGGUGUGACGGUGCGCAACAAUUACGUGCACGACUACAUCUUUGCGGGCAUCGUGUGCGGCGCGUUCGUGUCGUACCAGGGCGACUGCAUGCUGAGCACCAUCUCCAACAACCUCGUGGUGGCCACGGGGCGGAACAUUAGUGGAGACAUGGACGCCACUGGGAUCUACUUCAACACACACUGGUUCAACCCAGGCAACCUAGCGGAGUGCAACUACGUGAUCAACGGCGACCAGUGCUACUACCUCGACUUUGCCUCCUCUGGCGUCACCGUCCGGGGUGGCGCGUGCAUCAACACGUAUGGCGGCAUGAAGGUCAACAACGGCAAAAACAACGUGAUAGAGGACGUGAUUGUAAAGGGCACGCUGUGGACGCCGGGGUGGUCCACAUGCCUGACAGCGGAGGUGGUGAAUUGCGGCAAGAAGCCCGGGUCGUACUGGGAGCUCAUGCGGCAGAAGUACUACAGCACACUCGAGAUCAACCAGAAGUGGCCAUGGAUGGCGUCGGUGUGCGCCGAGUCCAGCGUCAACGGCACGCCGUGCAACACCAAUGCCGCCGGCACCCUCAACGCGACGCAGACCGCCAAGUGCAGCGGGCUGCCCACGCGCAACUCGCUCAACCUCUUCCUCGUCGAUGCACUCAACUUUGUCAUGGACUUCAAAUACUGCGAGAAGCUGCCCAACGCCGCCCGAGUCAACACACACCGCCACACAAAUAUUACGUCGAUCAGCGCGGCGAAGUUUGUAAACUAUGCGGAGGACGAUUUGGGCGUGAAAAAGGGGUCGUCGAUAUUUAAAGUGCGGCCGGGUUUUAAGAGCUGCCCAAGGAGCGAGGUCGGGCCGAAAAGAGUGGCCGAGAGCUUUUACUAUAGUGCGUUCAAUAGGGUGAUUCCGGAUAUUUAUUACACUACACUAGGUAUGGGGACUGAGCAUAUCCAUGACCCCACCUUGCUAGUGAGCUGAUCCAUUCUUGAAUAAAGGUUGCAGGCUUGCAGCAGCUAGUAGGGGAUGGAAGCCAGGGAAGUAGACUCACAAAAUGCCAAGAGCCUGCUGCAUGCAUUAAUUAAAACCAGACCAGGUUU